CUCACAGCGAGCCCCCAUGUCUCCACAGAUGAGUCUGCUCUGUUAUAACGGCUUCAUGCUCAAGCACAUGAGACAAGGACCCUAGAAAACAUAUAAUAAUAAUGUGACAGAAGAUGGGGGAUUGGAACUUAUUAGGGAGUAUUUUAGAAGAGGUCCAUAUUCAUUCCACCAUCGUGGGGAAGAUCUGGCUCACCAUCCUCUUCAUUUUCCGCAUGCUUGUGCUCGGCGUCGCGGCUGAGGACGUCUGGGACGACGAGCAGAGCGAGUUUGUUUGCAACACAGAGCAACCCGGCUGCAAGAAUGUCUGCUACGACCAGGCUUUCCCCAUCUCCCUCAUCCGCUACUGGGUGCUGCAGAUCAUCUUCGUAUCCUCUCCGUCUCUGGUCUACAUGGGGCACGCCUUGUACCGUUUGAGGACACUUGAGAAGGAGAGGCACAGGAAGAAAGCCUGUCUGAAAGCUGAGCUGGAGGGGACAGACCCCGUCCAGGAAGACCAUAAGAGAAUUGAGCGAGAGCUCAGGAAACUAGAUGAACAGAAGAAAGUAAGGAAAGCUCCCCUUAGAGGUUCAUUACUGCGCACAUAUGUUUUCCAUAUCUUAACCAGAUCUGUGGUGGAGGUGGGUUUCAUCACAGGUCAGUGUGCUCUGUACGGCAUUGGACUGUCUCCUCUGUACAGAUGUGAGCGCUUGCCUUGCCCCAACAGCGUUGAUUGUUUCGUGUCACGGCCGACAGAGAAGAACAUUUUCAUGGUUUUCAUGUUGGUUAUUGCUGGUGUUUCUUUAUUCCUCAACCUCCUGGAGAUUUUCCAUCUGGGAGUGAAGAAGAUCAAACAAAGCUUGUAUGGAUACAAAUAUGGAGACGAUGACAGCGUGUACAGGUCAAAGAAAAACUCCAUGGUGCAGCAGGUGUGUUUGCUCACAAACUCCUCACCACAGAGGUUGAUGCAGCUCACACAGAUGACCUGCUCUGCUGUGUCUGAUGCUCACAGGGAGACUCUGCCUUUGAAUCUGGCCCUGAUGGCCCCUCAGCAUAGGGAGGGGUCCAACGGCUCCCACCAGCAGCCUGCACACAUGUACCUGCCGAGUCAAGCUGACAUCCAGGGUCUACAACAGCUGGGGGUUGUGGAGCAGCACUACAUUCUGGACAACAGGAAGCCCUCGUACAGCAGCGAUGAGUCAAAUGAAGCUCACGUCUCGGGCCGGCCCCAGUACGCAGGACCUCGACCCACGCUGAUGGCCGGCCACAUGGAGAUCCCAGCGGCCCUGAGGAAUCCGCAGAGGAAGCAGAGUAGAGUGAGUGUCUGUAAGGAGCUCAGCGACAUGAGCGAUUCUCCGGAGAGCGACUACCACCCCACCACCAGAAAGUGCAGCUUUAUGUCCCGAGGUCUCUCGGAGGGCAAGCUGGCCACUCUGUCUGACAGCAGUGAUUCUCAGAGUGGAACAGAUGUGGAAGCCCAACACCUAAACCAGGGAGAGAGUCCAGCGGUGACCCCGCCGCCUCCGGCCAGCGGGAGGAGGAUGUCCAUGAGCAUGAUUCUGGAGCUGUCUUCAAUCAUGAAAAAGUAAAGUGAAAUUGACCAUGUUGUGACCGAACUAGAGUUGAAGAGUGACCGAGGGAUCCAGAUCGAUGAUGGGAUCUCAUCCUGUCUCUCAACACAGAAUACAUGAUGCAUGAACCAGAGUUAACAUGACAUUCCACAGACAAAUUAAGAACAACAGAUAUCUCCAGCAUCUGAUUACUUUUAUAUAUUGAUAGUUUGCCACUUGCUGAAUCAAAUAUGAAACAAAAUGAUAUUGGACUCAAAGCAUACAGUAUGUGACUGCUCAUAUAAUGAGACCAACAACUUGUUGCAGAGAUAAUUGACUGAAGAUUGUAGUUAAAGAUUGCGGAAUUGGCCGCCACAAAAAAGAUGAAGGAAGUCUGUUAUCAAGUGUUUAUGGUUUAUCAUAGAGAGUGAGCUGGAGGGAAAAAAAGGGCUCUGAGAGGAGCCCUUAUAUUGUUUAUGAAUAUAUCUGACAAAUUGAAGCUUAUAUUGUGAAUGUUACUGUUGUCCUGUUUUUCUAUUAAACAUGUUCCCUCUUCAGCAGGGCUCAACUGGUCUGUGUGAUCUGAGUGGCGUGUAGUUUAGUCUACAAUGACUCUAAUGAAGCUGACAGCUAGAGUAUUACAGUAUUACAGUACUACAGUACUACAGUAUUACAGUAUUACAAUACUACAGUACUACAGUGUUACUGGGGCCUGAAGAUGGUGAUGUCAGCCAGGUCGGCCUCCGUCCACGACUUUGUUCACAGCAAGAUAUAUGAACA